CACUCUUUCACUAUAAAACUGAUCUCUACGUUUUUCAAGUUCCUUACAACUACUCUCUCUACCUUUAAUAUUCUUCUUCUUUGAUCUGCAAUUUCUUGUUCACAUCACUGCAAUUAAGAGAACAUGCAGAAAAUGGUGUUGAAAUUGAAGCUAGAUGAUGACAAAGCCAAGCAAGAGGCCAUGAAGCAAGAGGCCAUGAAGAGAGUCUCUGGUCUCACAGGUUGUGCAGGGGUUGAUUCAAUAGUUAUGGAAAUAACGGACAAGAAGGUGACAGUGACAGUGAUAGGGAACAUAGAACCAAGGACCAUAUUUAGGAAGCUGAGUGAUAUCUGUCCCACAAUGACAUUCACAGUUGAACCAGCAAAAGAGCCUGAGAAGAAGAAAGAAGAUGCCAGGAAAGAAGAUAAGAAGAAAGAAGAUGCCAGGAAAGAUGAUAAGAAGAAAAUGGUGUUGAAAUUGAAGCUAGAUGAUGACAAAGCCAAGCAAGAGGCCAUGAAGCAAGAGGCCAUGAAGAGAGUCUCUGGUCUCACAGGUUGUGCAGGGGUUGAUUCAAUAGUUAUGGAAAUAACGGACAAGAAGGUGACAGUGACAGUGAUAGGGAACAUAGAACCAAGGACCAUAUUUGGGAAGCUGAGUGAUAUCUGUCCCACAAUGACAUUCACAGUUGAACCAGCAAAAGAGCCUGAGAAGAAGAAAGAAGAUGCCAGGAAAGAUGAUAAGAAGAAAGAAGAUAAGAAGAAAGAAGAUGCCAGGAAAGAAGAUAAGAAGAAAGAAGAUGCCAGGAAAGAUGAUAAGAAGAAAGAAGAUAAGAAGAAAGAAGAUGCCAGGAAAGAAGAUGCCAGGAAAGAUGAUAAGAAGAAAGAAGAUAAGAAGAAAGAAGAUGCCAGGAAAGAUGAUAAGAAGAAAGAAGAUAAGAAGAAAGAAGAUGCCAGGAAAGAAGAUAAGAAGAAAUAAGAAGAAAGAAGAUAAGAAGAAAGAAGAUGCCAGGAAAGAAGAUAAGAAGAAAGAAGAUAAGAAGAAAGAAGAUGCCAAGAAAGAUGAUAAGAAGAAAGAAGAUAAGAAGAAAGAAGAUGCCAAGAAAGAAGAUAAGAAGAAAGAGGAUGCCAAAAAAGAUGAUAAGAAGAAAGAAAAUAAGAAGAAAGAAGUGUUGCAAAAAUAUAAGCUUAAUGUGACUUUUAAGAUAUAACAACCCUUGUACUAAUAUGUCAUAAAAUAAUUAACAAUAUGUUAAUAAAUCAUUAAUUAAA